CUGACGAGCCGGCCGGCAGGCAGGCGGAGGGAACAUGGCGACCUAUGUGGAGAUCAUCAGGCACGAGUUCCCCGACAUCGACUCCGAGCUCUUCCAAUACGUGACAGGUUUCCCUUGGAUUUUUUAAGGUCAGUAAGCUGUUUGUGAUGAUGGGCGCUGCCAGCUACCAUGAGUAAGGCUGCAGUGUGGCACCGAUCUUCGACUUCCCAACUGGGAAAGGUGUGUUAGACAGCAGCGCUGCUGAUUUUGAAUCCGUUGAUGAGAUUUUUGAAGCAAUUGGUGAUGUUCUCCAGGAGGUGUCAGUCUCGAAAAAUGAAGAUGAUGUACGAGAGAUUUGUCAAAAAAUGUUUAACACCCUUAAACUCAAUACAUCCAACUCCUCAAAAUCAAAUGUGCUGCUGCAAGCUCCUAUACAGCUCUCGAAGAUGACUGGCCAUUCUGACUACAAGACUGAAGAUGUCAAAGGAAUCUGGAUGAUGAGAAGGGAUUUAGGCACGACAGUAGAUGCUAAGAAGCUGGAAAAAGCUGAAGCCCGACUAAAAGCAAAGCAAGAAAAGAGGACAGAGAAGAGUUCACAGAAGACAGCAAGUCCUCUGGUUCUUGAGGAAGCCUCAGCCAGCCAAGCUUCCAAUAAGAAAGAAAGCCGCUUGGAAGCUUCAGGAAAGAACAAGUCGUACGAUAUUAAAAUCGAGAAUUUCGAUGUCUCCUAUGGAGACAGGAGCUUACUUACUGGUGCUGAUUUGCACCUUGCUUAUGGCAGACGUUAUGGCUUGGUUGGUCGGAAUGGCUUGGGGAAAACUACGCUGCUGAAGAUGAUGUCGGCGCGGAGUCUACGCAUCCCUUCACACAUCAGCAUCUUGCACGUGGAGCAGGAAGUGGUGGGUGAUGAAACACAGGCACUUCAGAGUGUGCUAGAGUGCGACACGGUGCGUGAAAGCCUGCUGAAGGCAGAGAAAGAACUGACUGCAAAGCUGAACAGUGGCGUGAGUGAUGGUACAGAGAGCGGCAAACUAACAGAAAUUUACGCAAAGUUGGAGGAGAUCGAAGCAGACAAGGCCCCAGCCAGGGCCUCGGUAAUUCUGGCUGGUUUGGGGUUCAGUUCCAAGAUGCAGCAACAGAUGACCAGAGAGUUCUCUGGAGGCUGGAGGAUGAGGCUGGCUUUGGCCAGAGCACUGUUUGCCAAGCCUGAUCUUCUGUUACUAGAUGAACCUACAAACAUGUUGGACGUGCGAGCCAUCCUGUGGCUGGAAAACUACCUACAGACCUGGCAAUCCACAAUCUUGGUCGUGUCGCACGAUCGCAACUUCCUAAAUGCAGUGGCGACCGACAUUGUUUACCUGCAUUCACAGCGUCUGGAAACCUACCGGGGCGAUUACGAGAACUUUGUGAAGACAAAAGAGGAAAGGCUGAAGAACCAGCAGCGGGAGUACGAGGCUCAGCAGCAAUACAGAGAGCAUAUACAGGUGUUCAUAGACAGAUUCCGAUACAAUGCCAACAGAGCUUCACAAGUACAGAGCAAGCUGAAACUGUUGGAGAAACUGCCAGAGCUGAAGCCUCUUGAAAAGGAGCUGGAGGUGACUAUAAGGUUUCCUGAUAAUUUUGAGAAGUUAUCCCCUCCAAUAUUACAGCUGACUGAAGUGGAUUUUAACUACUCCCCUGAGCAUCGUAUAUUCAUAAAUCUCUCUGUGUCAGCCGAUCAGGACUCACGGAUUUGUAUUGUUGGAGAGAAUGGCGCUGGUAAAACAACACUGUUAAGGAUAUUGCUCGGGGACCUGGCACCAGUUCAGGGUAUCAGACAUGCACACAGGAAUUUAAAAAUUGGCUAUUUUUGUCAGCACCAUGUGGACCAGUUAGAAAUGAAUGUCAACUCAGUCGAACUCUUGGCAUCAAAAUUUCCAGGGAGGCCGGAGGAGGAGUACCGGCACCAGCUGGGUGGCUAUGGGAUAUCGGGAGACCUGGCUGUCCGACCAGUUGCCAGUUUAUCAGGAGGACAGAAGAGUAGAGUGGCGUUUGCACAGAUGACAAUGGCCCGCCCGAACUUUUAUAUACUGGAUGAACCUACAAACCACCUGGACAUGGAGACCAUUGAGGCAUUGGGAAAUGCAUUACAGAAGUUUAAGGGUGGAGUGAUCCUGGUAUCUCAUGACGAGAGGCUGAUCCGGAGGGUGUGUAAGGAGCUGUGGGUGUGUGGCUGUGGUACUGUGAAGCGAGUGGAUGGCGGCUUCGACGAGUACAAAGACAUUCUCCAGGAACAAUUCCGCAAGGAGGGAUUUCUAUGAGACUGCGACCUUCAGCCCAACCUCUCUGAGCUGAGCUGAGCUGGGCUGCGAGGACUGACUCCGACUGGCUGCUUUCAUCGAGCGGGGCUGUGAAUAUGGCUGAUUUUUGGCACCUCCCAUUUCUUCACUUUAAGGAACUGAUCUCGGUUCCCCAGAUUAGAAACCAGAGAUUUGUUUACACUAUUCCAGCCUUGGAACAUUUAUUACUUUUGUUUAUCUAUAAAUUAAAAUACUGCCCCCUGCCCCUCCCCCCAAAACCUCCUCUACACCGUUACCUGCUAAAUAAAUGUAGCUGAUAGUAUCAGUUGGAAACCUUCUGCAAUGAUGGCAGUUCAAUGCAAUAACCCAUUGCUAAUGUAAUAAUUGUAAUAAUUAAUAAAUAUUUGUCCCUCUGCUCACUUUCAGAAGUGCAAUCCCUAUUAGUAAGGUUUGUGGACACAAAUAAAUUUGAAAUUCAGUAUGGUUCAGGGAAAUGUUUCUGCAUGCAGAUGGUGAGAGCAUCAUCUUCAAUGGUGGCCCCAGCUGAUGAUUGAGGAGUGGGGGAGCCAUGUGCCCACCUCAUACAGUCAACUCUUCAUCUAAACCUCAUUUGCUGCAAGUUCCCUGUUGUUCAAUGCAGACUGGGUCAGUUCUGGUGAAAUCCCCAGAACCUGCGGUCUCAACACUGAACGAGAUUUUAGGCGACGAGUGAAAUUGUUUUGAGUGCUGAGGAAUAUGACUGACUAUGCUGUUACAGUGUCUUUGUGCCCUGCUUUGGGAUGUGUCCUGAUUGCUCUGUGUCACCAGGCUACACUGAGUGGACUUUCUCUUAAACUGAGUAACAUCAACAAAUCAUUUGGCUACCAUAAAUAUUUUCAGAA